AUGGGCAGGCCAAACCUCCAAGAAGACUGCUAUGGCCACGAUAUAGUGUUGCUAAUAGAAAUCAAUGUGCAAUCCCUGAGAUUGGAAAAACAACCAGGAAUGAAUGAGGCAGCCUAUGCAGAAGCAAUGAUGCAAGACCUGGACCAAUUAAGUUCAAUUCAGACCAAAGCUUUGAACCAUCUAAUAGUUGGUAAGCAAGCCGUGUCUCGAGCCUACAAUAAAAGAGUUCUUGAAAAGACUUUUGAAGAAGGAGAAUUAGUAUGGCGGGCUAUGUUACCACUCGGAACUCACGUGGCAGGACUUGGGAAAUAG